AGUAUAGAGGAGGCAGCAGCAGGAUGGAGUGUCCUGGCUCUCCAGUCCUGUGACCUGCAAUACCUGCCGGAGGAAGCUGCACCAACGCUGUGCCUGGGCUGAGGAUCUGCUGGAUCUGGGAGCAUUCCGUACACACCGGGAUCUGCGAGCCAGUGCCGGAUCGGAGACCAGUCUGUACACACCGGGAUCUGCGAGCCUGUGUUGGAUCUGGGAGCAUUCGGUACAUAUUGUGAUCUGGAAGCCGGUGUUGGAUCUAGGGCCAAUCUCUGUUCAUUGGGGGUCUGGGAGCUGGUAUUGGAUCUUGGGCCAUUGGGAUCUGGGAGCCGGUGUUGGAUCUAGGGCCAUUCUCAGGAUCUGGGAGCCGGUGUUGGAUCUACGGACAUUCUCGGGAUCUGGGAGCCGGUGUUGGAUCUAGGGCCAUUCUCGUGAUCUAGGAGCCGGUGUUGGAUCUACGGACAUUCUCGUGAUCUGGGAGCCGGUGUUGGAUCUAGGGCCAUUCUCGGGAUCUGGAAGCCGGUUUUGGAUCUAGGGCCAAUCUCUGUACAUUGGGAUCUGGGAGCCCGUGUUUGAUCUAGGACCAUUCUUGUGAUCUGGGAGCCGGUGUUGGAUCUGGGGGCCCCUUGGAUCUGAGAGUUGUUCUGGAUUUACAUCAGGCUCUGGAACGUGUGCUGUCUCUGGCGAGCGGGUCCUAUAACCACCGUUGGAUCUAGAUUGGAAAGGAUGGAGGAUCAUCGCACGCUCCCAACGCUCUGGAGGUAAACAAUAAGGAUUGCCCACGUCCGUCGGAGGAUGAUGGUGAGCGUGCUGGAGGAAGGGACCAGGGAUUCUGCAUCUUCCAGCCUCGCCGGCCACAAUGCUGCCCCUGAAUCUGGCCCUGUACUUGGAAAAUGACCCUGUGGUGUCACAGAAGAUCCCCAUACACAUGUCCUUACGUUGCAUCCUGGGCACAAUUUCGCUGAUGUACCUUUUAACCAUUUUGAUCCUCCAGUUGACUGCCAUUCUCUUCCCUUCCACAACGAGGGAUUGGCUGAUGCCAAACAGAGACAACGUGGAGUCGAUGUAAACAGGACCGGUCACUCAUUCCAGUGAUGGACACGGUGAGAUCCUCCGAACGUCGACGCGCUCUGUGUGGUGGAGACCGGCCUCUGCCGUACAGCUGCGAUCCACACUGAGCCCACCCAUUGAGGGGUUAAUUCCACCACCACAUUUGGAAUAUGCGAUAUCUACCGUCACAAUGACUGAUCGGUGCGACUCCGGAAUCAACAGCUGGUCAACUGCCCAGGUGUGACCAACCUGGCCGAAGCCGAUGCCCGCCGAUCGGAGAUUCGAGGACAAUUGUGACUUAAUUCCUUUGGUCUCGGCACACCGAAUCUAUUUAAUUCCGGUUGUUAUGGGAUUUAUUCUCUCCAGAAGGCUGAUAACAGAUUGAGCCGCGCUUAUAAUUCUGCACUGGGAUUAAGUUGACGAAAAUCGCUGGUAUUUUUAUUUAUUUUUUAUUCUGGAUGAACGUUUUUUUAUUUUUUUUUCACUCUUCUAUUUUUUUUUUUUAUUAUAAAACAUGGCAAUGGCAGAACAAUAAAGCUGCCUAGUUUUCUAAACGCUCCGACGAACAUGAAGCUCCUGGAGCGUUUUUCGAUUUUUUUGGGACCGAAAAUCUAAACCUGGAUCGCGGGAAAGGUUCCAGGAGUACAUGGUGCUUAUUAUUUCAGCUGGUGGGACUCGGGAAACACGAAUUACGGAUCUCGGUGUGCAGCAACGUCGCUCAUUAUGUAAGGUUGCGUUCCUUGGCGCGAGGGGGACUACAAGACAUUUUGUAGCGGGGUGGACAUGUCUAGGUCAAACAGCGUGAGCCCACCAGGAUUCGGGGCUCCUGUCUUGCGCUCGGGCGCCGAGCACAGGUCGGCUUGGGGGGAGGCGGAGAGCAGGGUCAAUGGAUACGGUUACUCAAGCCGGUCCUCCAGAAAGAAGACCUCGCGGAUGAUGAGUUUAUGGAGGAGCGAGGACGACUACGAAGCCCGGGCGGAGAAAAACUCUCCGGUAGACCAUAGGGUGAGCUUCCGGUCCAAACCCGCGUGGCUGGAACAUGGAGAGCAGAGCCGGAACAACAACAAACCCAUCCAGAAACCCAACGAGGGAGAAGUCAGGCCUAAAUCCGUAGAGCUUGGCUUGGACGAAAAGUCCGGCGGCAAGGGCAACAAAGCCGAGGGGGUCGAAGACGGGUCGGAAUUUCAUUUCUCGCUGGGGAUCUGCUGCAGUGGCGUCCUCCAGAUAUUUAGCUCCAAAAAAUUCCAUUCCAACAAACUUGAGAGGCUCUACCAGCGAUACUUCUUCAGACUCAACCAGAGCAGCCUGACCAUGCUCAUGUUCGUCCUGGUCCUGCUGUUUCUGGUCAUGCUCUUGUUCAAUUGCCUCCAUGGGAAGUUGCAGGUGCCUUACGUGGUGGUUCUAUUGGUGGCCAUGGUGACCCUCAUCGUGACCAUCAUCGUGUGCACCCGGAACUUUUUCCACCAGGACUACAUGUGGAUCGCUUGUUACGCUGUCAUCGCCAUCGUCUUCAUGGUGCAGCUGGUCAGCGUCUUCCUGGUCAGGCCGCGGAGCGCCUCCGAUGGAAUUUGGUGGACCGUGUUCUUCAUCUACACCAUUUACACCUUGCUUCCGGUGCGGAUGAGGGCGGCGGUCAUAAGUGGGAUUAUUCUCGCCGUCACUCAUCUCGCCAUCUCCCUGAAGGUCAACGAGAUCGACGACUUCCUGACCAAACAGGUGGUGGCGAACGUCCUGAUCUUCUUGUGUACGAAUAUUGUCGGGAUUUGCACCCAUUAUCCUGCGGAGGUGUCCCAGCGCCAGGCCUUCCAGGAGACCCGGGAAUGCAUCCAGGCGCGACUCCAUUCCCAGAGGGAGAACCAGCAACAGGAACGGCUGCUGCUGUCCGUACUUCCCCGCCAUGUCGCCAUGGAGAUGAAGGCCGACAUCAACGCCAAGCAGGAAGAUAUGAUGUUCCACAAGAUCUACAUCCAGAAACACGACAACGUCAGUAUCCUCUUUGCGGACAUCGAAGGAUUUACGAGUUUGGCGUCGCAGUGCACGGCCCAGGAACUGGUGAUGACCCUCAAUGAGCUGUUUGCCCGGUUUGACAAGCUGGCGGCUGAGAACCACUGUCUGCGGAUAAAGAUCUUGGGGGACUGUUACUACUGCGUGUCCGGUCUCCCGGAGGCCCGCGCUGACCACGCCCACUGCUGCGUAGAGAUGGGGAUGGACAUGAUCGAGGCGAUAUCGCUGGUGAGGGAAGUGACCGGGGUGAAUGUCAAUAUGCGCGUGGGGAUUCACAGCGGCCGCGUUCACUGCGGCGUCCUGGGGCUGCGCAAGUGGCAGUUCGAUGUCUGGUCCAAUGACGUGACGCUGGCCAAUCACAUGGAGGCUGGAGGCAAGGCGGGGCGGAUCCACAUCACGAAGGCGACUCUGAACUACCUGAACGGAGACUACGAGGUGGAGCCUGGUACCGGAGGGGAGCGAAACGCGUAUCUGAAGAAGCACAACAUUGAAACGUUCCUCAUUGUGCAAUGCACCCAGAAGCGGAAAGACGAGAAGGCCAUGAUCGCCAAGAUGAACCGGCAGCGGGCCAACUCCAUCGGGCACAACCCGGGACAUUGGGGGAUGGAGAGGAACUUCUACAACAACCUGACCGUCUCCAAGGAAAUGAAGAGGAUGGGUUUUGAAGACCCGAAGGACAACAGGAACAUUCAGGAGAACAUGAACCCCGAGGACGAGGUAGACGAGUUUCUGGGCCGGGCGAUAGACGCGCGAAGUAUCGACCGUCUGCGUUCAGAACACGUGCGCAAAAUUCUGCUGACCUUUCGCGAACCCGACCUGGAGAAGAAGUACUCCAAGCAAGUGGAUGAUCGAUUCGGGGCCUACGUGGCCUGCGCCUUCAUCGUCUUCCUCUUCAUCUGCUUCGUACAGAUCACCAUCAUCCCGCACUCCACCUUCAUGUUGGGCUUUUAUUUGGCAUGUUUCCUCGUCCUCUUCAUGGUGCUCUGUGUAUCCCUCAUCUAUUCCUGUAUAAAGCUCUUUCCGGCUCCUCUUCAGACUUUAUCUAAGAAGAUCGUCCAGUCCAAGAUAAACAGCAGCGCAGUGGGCGUGCUCAUCAUCGUCCUCGUCUUCCUCUCCUCUUUCGUUAACAUGUUCAUGUGCAGCAAGAAGAACCUGAGGAGCUGCCUGGCUGCCGAGUACAACGUCACCCCGGCGAACGUCACCGCCUGCUGGGUCAGGAACUCCGCCCAGAAUUACAGCCUGGCCACUGAGAACGGAUGGUGCGGAGACUCCGCCCCAAACUGCAACUUCCCAGAGUAUUUCACCUCUUGCAUCCUGCUCAGCCUCCUCGCCUGCUCCGUCUUUCUUCACAUCAGCAGCAUCGGGAAACUCAUCCUCAUGCUCCUCAUCGACUUUCUCUAUGUGAUUAUUGUGGAGGUCCCCCAGGUGGCGCUGUUUGACAACGCAGACCUGCUGGUGGCAGCCAAUCAGAUUGAGUCCAGCAGCAACUCAACGGAACCCUGCACCAUCGACAGAGUCGCGCUGAAGAUCGCCACGCCGAUUAUAAUCACAGUGUUCGUUCUGGCGCUGUAUCUGCACGCUCAGCAGGUGGAGUCUACGGCCCGGCUGGACUUCCUGUGGAAGCUUCAGGCCACGGAGGAGAAGGAGGAGAUGGAGGAGCUCCAGGCCUACAACCGGCGCCUCCUCCACAAUAUUCUUCCCAAGGACGUGGCCGCCCACUUCCUGGCGCGGGAGAGGCGCAACGAUGAGCUCUAUUACCAGUCGUGUGAGUGCGUCGCCGUCAUGUUCGCCUCCAUCAGCAACUUCUCCGAGUUCUACGUGGAACUGGAAGCCAACAACGAGGGGGUGGAGUGUCUGCGGCUCCUCAACGAGAUCAUCGCCGACUUCGACGAGAUCAUCAGCGAGGACGAGUUCCGGCAGCUGGAGAAGAUCAAGACGAUCGGCAGCACCUACAUGGCGGCUUCGGGACUCAACGACACGACUUACGACAAGGUGGGGAAGUCGCACAUCAAGGCGCUCGCCGAUUUCGCAAUGAGGCUGAUGGAUCAGAUGAAAUACAUCAACGAACAUUCGUUCAACAACUUCCAGAUGAAGAUCGGGCUGAACAUUGGACCCGUGGUCGCCGGGGUGAUCGGGGCCAGGAAGCCGCAGUACGAUAUUUGGGGGAACACAGUGAAUGUGGCGAGUCGCAUGGACAGCACCGGGGUGCCGGAGAGGAUCCAGGUGACGGCGGACCUCCAGCAGGUCCUGGCGGCCAACAAUUACUCGCUGGAAUGCCGAGGGGUGGUGAAGGUGAAAGGAAAAGGAGAGAUGACCACGUACUUCCUAAAUCACGGCCCCUCUAGACCGAGUUAGCGAAACCCCCUCCCCCGAGAGAGACGCUUUUUACCGCAAGCACUGAAAAAAACAACCCCCAUUGACUUGACAGGGGGAGGGUCCUCACCCUAAAAAAGGGGCGACUGACCAAAGAUUCCCAGAAAGUGAACGCCUGGCUACGGAGCGGCGGCGCCACUUUGGGAGGACCAGAGAAUAAAUGUUAUUUAUUGACCCGACUCAAUGAUUUCCUCUAUGAAGGAAUGAAGGAAUGUAUUACGGUACCAGAUCGCCGCCCGCGGGUCUCCGCGUUCAGAACCGCGCCAAGACUUUACCGCAAAGCCGUCCCUCCAUCGGGGGGAAUUUUUAAUCUUCCAGUGUAAGAGAUUUGUAAAGACUUUUGGUUAAAAAAAA